UUUUUUUUCGGUUUAUGUUACUAACACAUACAAUUUCAAAACAGUGAUGUCAUAAUUCUCUUUUGUAUACAAAAAAAAAAGUUGUGAUGAGAGAAAUUUUUAAAUUGUUAGGUAUUAUCUUUAAGAAGAAAUAAGAUUAUUUUCUUCUGAAAUAAUAAAGAAAAAAAAAGUGAAAAAUAUAGUUGCAAAUUUAAAGUGAUUUUUAGAGGAAGUAAAUAAAAAAAAUAACAAUUCAUAAGCAACGAGAACAAACGUUUAGAAUUAAGAAUCAAAUAACAAUGUCAACAAUUUCGGCUAAACGAAUGUCUUGUUAUUUGUGUGAUUUACCUCGAAUGCAAUGGGCAAUGAUAUUAGAUUUUUCUGAAGCUGUCUGUCGCGGUUGUGUUAAUUAUGAGGGUGCUGAUCGUAUUGAGUUAGUCAUAGAAGCUGCUAGGCAAAUGAAGAGGCUACAUGCCGCAACAACAGCUAGCAGCGCAAAAAGGGGUAACUUUGAAAAUGGAGAAGUUGUGUCUCAUCGCACGGUUCCAUCACAAAUUCAUCAUCAUUAUUUGUCAUCAAAUACGUCAACACAACAAAUACAACGUCCUAUGAUGGAAUUUGUACCAAAAACAGAAAAGAUUGAGCCGCACGAGGCAAAUGGAGGAAGACCGGUUGUAGCAAGAAUCGCACAACAGCAGCAUUUAGUCCCACCUCAUCAUCUCACACACACUAACCGAUCAUCCGCUCCUACAACUGUUUCCAUUAAUCUUAAACGUCCACCGCCAGACGACUGUGAGGAUACGGAACCAACAGCACAAUUGAAAAGAGCGGCAGAAGAGAAUAGACCACCAUUAACUCGUGGUGAAUCUCUUCCAACAGUCCCUUUUCCCCCUGAAAGACAACCAAGUUUUAAGGAUAAGCAUCCUGUUCGUGCUCCUUCAUUUGAUGGAGCCUUUAAAUCUGGAACAGCCGUUUAUCCGAAUACCAUGACUGGACUACCAGCUGUUUCAUUAGAAACAAUACCGCCAGGCAGUCCGCACAAUCAAAGUCCUCCUAAUACACAACCGCCACGCACAUCUUCAAGAGGCAGUCAAAAUUCUCCUAGUUCAGGUUCAUCGAGUGGAAGGAGAUCAUCAGGUUCGCGCCACGUUUCAAGUACAACAGUGACAUCUACGGAAGCACAAUCACAGUCAAACAAUAAUAAUGUUUCAUCUAAUAGUACACAGCAGCAGCAGCAGCAGCAACAACAACAACAACAACAACAACAACAGCAACAACAACAACAAACUACACCUAAUAAUAACCCGCCAGCAGUCAAUGGUCAGCCAACAGAUGCUAAUCUAAUUCCAAAUGCAACUCCUGUCAAUCCUACUUUAAAAUGCACGAUUUGCAAUGAACGUUUGGAAGAUACUCACUUUGUGCAGUGUCCAUCUGUUGCUCAUCAUAAAUUUUGUUUUCCUUGUAGUCGAGAAAGCAUUAAACGUCAGGGAUCUGGUGCUGAAGUCUAUUGUCCUUCUGGCGAGAAAUGUCCGUUGGCAAACUCAAGUAUACCCUGGGCAUUUAUGGCAGGUGAAAUUGCUACAAUAUUAGGAGAGGAACUGAAAGUGAAGAAGGAGAGAGAAACUUAAGAAUAACUUUAUAAAAUUCUUUUGUGGAAUGUUAAUUUUUUUGAGACUCAAUGCAGUCGUUUGGAUAUCUGAGACGUGGAAAUCCACAAAUUGUUUUUUUGUACGUGGGUCACAUCUUACGAUAAAUGAUAGAUAAAAAAAAAAUAUGAAAAUGUGAAACAUAAAAGUAAUAAUGAAUGAACAAACAAUCAAAAUCCAUAUCAGCGGAGCAUUUAGUGAGCGUUUUGUCAGAAUCAAACGGCUCUCCACAACAAAAACUAUUUUGCUACAUGUCAUAUGAAGCACUUUGAUGGACGCUAAAUAUUUAAACAAAACUUUGGACAUUUUGGAUACAUUGCGGAGAAAAGCAAUGUUAAAAAGGAUAAAAAAAUAUUUGGAGAUAUGAUCAUAAUAAUAAUAAUUAUUAUUAUAAAACAAAUAAUGAUAGUAAGAGUAUCUUGAUGAAAAGAAGAAGAUGCAAUUUUAAUAUUUAAUAAUGAACAAGUUCAGAAUUGUAAUGUCUUAAUCAUUAUGAUAACUACAUAUUGCUUUUGAUGUAUAGUACUUCAUUGAGAAUUUUGUUAAGCUCAAAGCUCUUUUAGUCGAUGCUGUAAAUUCUUUUUUCAAAAAAAUUUUUUUAUGCUGCUUUAUCGACGUUAUGAAAUAAUAAUUAUUUUUUUUUUGAUAAGAACAAAUUAGAGUAUAACUAUUUAAAAAAAUACUUGAUGAAUUUACAAUCUCUUUUUACAAUGUGUACAUAACAUUUAAUGAAGAAAAUUAUGUAAAAAGAUAUUUAAUAUAUUUAUUUGUCAUUGGUUUAAAAAAUUUCACUAGUAUAAUCGAUAUAAUUUGAUUUAUUUUAAAUUGGAAUGUAAAUUCAAUUUGAAAUGAAUUUUUACUUAAAGCGUCUAUUUGGCGUUUAUAACAAUAUCUUGAAAUUGUGAAAACAAAAAAAAAAUUAAAUUAAAUUAAAUGAAUUACAACAAAAAAACGUAUUAAUGAAAUUUAGAGAAAAUAGAAUUUUUUUAAUGUCAACUGUCUUUACAUAAGCAAUUUUCAGCUAAGCAUUUAAUAAAGAAAAAAAAAGAGGAAUAAAACAUUGUGAAUUACUACCAUAAACAAAAAAAAUUUGAUUAAUUAUAAAAAAUUAUAGAUGCCAUUUUGGACUAAAACAUGUUCUUUUAAAGAAUUACAAAAAAUAAAAAAGUCCAUUUUUUUCUAAAAGGAAAAGUUGUUCGGAAAUGAUAAGAAUUAACUUGUCACAUAUAAACCUUAUAAAAUACAGAAUAAUUGGCUCGAGAACAAUUAAAAAUCUUUUGAAUGUCAAAAAAAACAUAGGAAAUAAAAAUAAUAUUACUAAAAAAUUCUCA